AUCCACUGACGUCAUCCGAUGGCAUCACACGCGCGUUCAUCGAGGCAGCGGUAGCGCGCAUUGAGGAAUGGGUCUGCUGUCUGUCUUGCGCAGGCUGAAACACUCACCUGAGCUGGAGGUGCGGAUCCUCCUGCUGGGUUUGGAUAAUGCAGGAAAGACCACAUUACUGAAGCAGCUGGCGGCGGAGGACAUCAGCCACAUCACACCCACACAGGGCUUCAACAUUAAGAGUGUUCAGUCUCAGGGCUUCAAGCUGAACGUGUGGGACAUCGGCGGACAGAGGAGGAUCAGACCCUACUGGAGGAGUUACUAUGACAACACUGACCUGCUGAUUUAUGUGAUUGACAGCUCAGACAGGAAGCGCUUCGAUGAGACGGCGCAGGAGCUCGCGGAGCUGCUGGACGAGGAGAAGCUGCACAUGGUUCCUCUGCUGAUCUUCGCUAAUAAGCAGGACCUGCAGACGGCCGCAGCGGCACAGGAGAUCUCAGAGCGGCUGCAGCUGCACACCAUACGAGACCGCAUCUGGCAGAUCCAGCCCUGCUGCACACACACCGCUGAGGGGGUACAGGAUGGGAUGGUGUGGCUCUGCAGGAAUAUUCCCACCAGGAAGAAAUGAUGGACAGCGGCUGUGUGUGAUCUGGUCGCCGUGGUGAUGAAGCUCAUGAUGAUGGGAUGUAUUAAUCAAACACACCGUGGGACUCUGCUAAUAAACUCUG